AUGUCUGUGAAGAAAACUGUCACCAUCGUAGGCAUUUUGUGCACGAUCAUCGUACUGGCAUGCGUAAUCCUAAGUCAAACUUUGACAAAAGGCACUCCUCGCACGCCUAGAAUCACAGUCAUCAAUGCUUCUCUUGCCAAGUUUUAUCUCAACAACAACACUCUCGACUACAAUCUUGCACUUAACAUUGCUUUCCGAAACCCUAGCAUAACCAAGCCGAUUAACUAUAAGCACAUCGAAACCACUGCAAGAUACAUAGAUGAGAGAUUCCCUCUAGAAACUUUUACUUCAAGCCCCUUUAAGCAAGGCGCCAGGGACACAAACGUACUGUCACUAAAUUUUCAAGGUCAGCAGAUUGUGAAGUUCUCAGAAAAUGUUAUCUCUCAGUUUCAGUCAGAGACUGCUGCAGGCGCUUACACUAUUAAUGUGGCGGUCGUUCUUCAGAUCCAAAAAUUCUCUUAUAAGCCACACGUGUUGUGUUUGCUCAAGGUUCCUAUGAUUUUUAAUUCUACAUCUACAAGUGGUAGUUUCAGGGUUACACAAUGUUCAGUGCAGAAAAACUGA